AAUGGAUACCAAUCAGAUCCGCAAUAAACCCUGUGGGACCCUUCAGAUCCUUUUCCCAGUUGCUUGUUUCUGGGUCCUUCGUUUGACCAUCUCACACCAUGAAGGUCGCUCUUAGUCUACUCGUUCUUUCCACCGCUACCUGUGGCGCUCUUGCACAGAGUUCAGCGCCAUCAACUGGCUUAGACGCACUUCCCCCAUGUGCAUUGACCUGCCUGAUCACAGAAGUCUCCCGUUCGCCGUGUCAGUUGACUGACUUCAGCUGUACCUGCACCAAUGCGCAAGUCUUGGGCGGCGUUGAAGCAUGCGUCCUACAAUCAUGCAGUGUCAAAGAAGGCCUCACAACGAAGAAUAUCACCUCGACGAUAUGCAACGCACAGAUCCGCGACAAAGGCGGCAGACUCAAAGCCAUCAACAUCGCGCUCGCCGUUCUUUCUAAUAUAUCCGUAAUUAUACGGCUCGCCACAAAGGCCGCUGGCCACAAUCCAAGCUACGGCUUUGGCCUCGACGAUGUGUGUCUCAUGGUGGCCACGUAUGUGGGCAUGAGCAACGCUAUCGUCAUCGAUCGUUGCACUAUACCAUCUGGCCUUGGUCGAGACAUCUGGACACUGGAAUUUCAGACCAUUACCAACUUCGUGCGAUACUUCUACGUCGUGGAGAUUCUCUACUUCGUUGAGCUCCCGUUUCUCAAGCUGUCCCUGCUUUUCUUCUACCUGCGCAUAUUCCCUGGGUCGAAGGUCAAACAACUGCUCUGGGGGACGAUAGCGUUCAACGUUGCGUUUGGCAUUGCCUUUGUCAUUGCGGGAAUCUUCCAGUGCAGACCCAUAUCGCACUACUGGACGUACUGGGAUGGUGUUGAUACAGGCGGCAAGUGUUUCAACAUCAACGCCCUCGCAUGGGCGAACGCUGCGAUCAGCAUCGCAGUGGACCUGUGGAUGCUGGCCAUUCCGCUUUUUCAAGUUGCUAAACUCAACAUGGCUCGCAAAAAGAAGAUUGCAGUAUCUAUGAUGUUUCUAGUCGGUACAUUCGUGACAAUUGUUUCAAUCCUGCGGCUUAGCUCCCUCGUCUCCUUUGCGAAUUCCGUGAACCCGACCUGGGACCAAUGGGACGUAACGCACUGGUCGAUAGUCGAGAUCAAUGUCGGCAUCAUCUGUGCCUGCAUGCCUACAUUCCGUAGCCUGCUUGCUGGCGUGCUUCCGAAGGUGUUCGGCUCGUCAGUCGGCUCGUCUUAUCAGCGCCAAACAGACAACAGGGCUCGGACGCCAUUGAGCCCACUAGCAGAUGCCAAAGCCAAAGCCUCAGUGCGUCUCCGCGAAAGCUUCAGCACAAAGGGUAACUCUACGAGUUACGCGGAUUCAAGUAUGUCGCGCACCAAGACUCAAGACGACGAAGUUGAGCUGGUGCACUUUGACGCGAUGAAUCGAGAGCGAGGAAACAACCCCUGUUGAGCGCU